CCGCCAUCAGCUGCCGUCUGUCGUUUGUUGCCGCGUGCGCGUCUCUGUCUCGUUUUGUUUUGGUAACCAAAUGUAAUAACCGCAGUGACCCGGUGUGUGUGUGCGCGCGCGCGCGCGUCUCUAUCGCAAUUAUUCAGGUAACCGAAUAAUAACCGCAGUGACCCGUUGUGUGUGGGUGUGUGUGAGUGCCGCAGAAUUGGCGUUAUCACCGGCCAUCAUGAGGAGCAUGGCGGCCACGGUCUUCAAAUGGCGGAUCGGAGCGAUCAUCGCCUACAACAAACUGAUGGCGUUCUUGGCCUGGAUCGUCGUAAGAUUAAUGAAUUAUACUAUCGUUUUUUCGACCGCCGACGACGCGGCGUCGGUAUUGUCGGUGUAAGCGCCUCGUCUCCGCAUGCCCCGCAGUCACCCGAAAUGAAAUCGGGUGACCCCGCGAAAAGCCCGCGGCCCGUAGACCCACCCGAAAAAGUGUACAUCGACGCUCGACGUCGCUAUGGCACGUAACAACAACAGCGCGCGAACCCGGACUGGACAGCGCGUUUUUCGAUUCAAUACACAAUUGAUUAGUGAUAAAUGUAUAUUGCAAUAUAAACUGAUAAAUAAUAUUAUUGCAAUAAAAAAUUAUACACACGGUGGGCAUCGAAAAUCAGACGACCCGGCGGACAAUCUACUUGCGGCGUAUUGUGUGUACCCGAAUGUUCAAAGCGUGGAGUUCCGUACAAUCAUCGUUCCUUUUUUUUUUUUUUUUUUAUUCUAUUUUUUUCUCUAUCACAGUUUUACUUUAGCACCGUAAAUUCGCUCCGGUUUCCUACCGUUAUUGCGCUGUUACGGGUACACUACUUGUCUGCUUAGCAAAAUAAAUCCGUACGCUACGAAAAGGAUAGCGCGCUACUCUUCCGACCGUUGAUUAUUACGCUAAUGAUAAUAUACGAUAUUUAUAUGUACGCGCUUAUCGGCUCGAUUAAAAUAAUUGAUUUUAGCUGUGCCCGGUCGCCGCUGUUUCGGAAGUGGUGGGGGGGGGAUGCAGGGUGUGCACUCGCGCCUUGCAACCGUGCACACUGAAAUAUUCAAUUUUUUUUUUUGUCAUUGGCGUUUUGUGCAACUAGGCACAUUAUAUUUCAAUAACUGUUGCAUUCGAUAAUAGGCCCGGCGACUAACGGGGACGGAGGGCGGAAUCGGCCUGAUAAAAUGCUAUUGCCCCCCUUAUUAGUUAUAAUGGGAACUGAAAUGACGUGAUUACCGCUCGUGAUUUUUUUUUUUUUUAUCGCAUUAUUGAAAUUACCCGGAGAAUAGGUACCGUUUUAGUGGUCUUCAUAUUAGGCGUAUUGAAAAGGCAAGUAUAGCGCGCGGUAGACGCGGUUUAUACUUUUGCAGACGAAAAACGGAAAGAAAAUGUAUCGCGCGCAUUACACACACAUAUAUAUAUAUACGCGCCCAGAGUUUCUCAAUUGUAUUAAACGCGUUAUAGAAAGCGAGUCGGGCACGCUGAUAAACCGAGUGGUAAACGUACCGAAUGGCCUCGUUUUAAAUCGUAUAAUUAACGAAACAUCCCAUCGCUAUGCCGUAGGUACAAAAAACGUUUUUUUUAUUCAAAACCGACGCGGUGAAUUCCGUACCGUGCCUAUUUUAUGCGUAUUGCGUACGGCAUCCGGCAUGUUACCGUUAGGCACGUCACUACCGUACGCGUUAUUGCGGUGGUGUACGUACGAAACACAUUAUUGGCGUUGUAGUAUCACGGUGCCGUACAGUAGUAGUAGUAGUGCGCACACGUUUACGCGACGAAAAAAAUUAAUAUUGUGUUCACAUCCUGCUAUAUAGCGGCGACGUACCCUGGGCUUUUCGACGGGACGGGGGAGGCUAAACACGUGGCGGACGCACGUUGUGUUCGACACAGAUUAACAACAUGCAGGUAUAUCAGAUCGGUGUGUCGCGGGCAGAGGUAUUUACCAGAGGCGGGGCCAUCGGCACCGGUAUUACUCGAUUCUCGGUGUCAUUGUUUGAAAAUGAAAAUUAUUCAUUAUUGUCGAACGUUAUUUACAAUUUAGAUAACACGGUAUAAAAUUUAAAAAAGCUGAUAUACUUUUUGCGACGGCUGUUUAAUUUUUAUCUGUACGCAACGAUAAAUCAUUGCUGACGAAAUACGGUUCUGAGCGAACAAAAAGUUCUCUUUCUCUCUCUCUCUCUCUCUCAUUUUUCGAUUGUAGCAAGAUUUCUGAUUAUGGAAAAGAGGUUUACGGAAAGAACAAAAAAUAGCACACAAAUCAUCGUAAAACCAAUACAUUCCUCGUUGCACGUAGAAUGUAAAAUAUUAAUUUUCGUUAUCACGACAUAUCGAAAUAGAUACCAAAAACUACCCCGAUUACUUUCUGGAAUAUCGAAGGGACCGAGUUAUUAAAGUACCGAAUCGUCUAUCCCCUAAUAAGCCUACUAUUCUAGGCACUACACACGAAUAAAAGUCUCUCCUUCACUCGGUCUAGUUAAUAAACUGAUUGAUAUCAGUGCUGAAUCCAGGUAUACAUUUCGUAAUUUCGUUCGCCCCCUCCCCCCUGUUAAAUGUGAAUAAAUUAAUUAAAUAAUAAAACUAAUUUGAUUGAGAAGGUAUAUAAGCAAAAAAUAGUCAUUAUAAUAAUUGUUAGUCCCCUCCCCUCCCCAGAAAAAAUCGUCCAGAUUCAACACUGCUCAAUAUAGAAACUUAACUUACUAUAGUACCUAGCGCAUUUCAGAGAUAAAAAUAUAAAAUAAUUUUGUUUUUUCACACGAUUCGCGUUUAAACGAUAUAAUUUAGCUAGUUCCGGACAAGUUUUUAAUACAGGUAUUAUAUUAUACACUAAGCCAUGUAUCCGGUUUAAUUAUCGCGUUGAUUUCAUUUCGAUUGUGAAAUCCGCUACAAUAUCUGGAUAGGAAUACCUGUAUUAUACAAUGUAUACCUAAACGGCUAAAUUAUUGUAAUGAUAUUCCGUGUCUAAUACAAUAGUAACAUUUGUUUUCUCUGUCUCUCUCGCGCGUAAUACUGUACAGCGACAGUAUUAUAAAAUACCCUUUAUAAAGAAGAGUAUUUUACUGGGGUUUAUCGGAAUGGCGUUUUUUUUUUUUUUUUUGCUCAAUAUUUUCAUCGCUUAUUAAACUAUUAUGUGUGCUUGAACUUAACUUGAUACUUUAACCAUAACUCACUGUUAUCAAUAUGUUAGUGACGCGUGGCCCCAGAAUAAUAAGUCGCAAUAUUCGUACAAUACAAGUCUGCGUGUACCGCGACGGAAGUACAUUGUAGUUACUCGUAUAGGGGUAUUUUUGUGCGUACAGUGAAUAUUAACGCGUGGAUAUAGGUCAGGUAAAAAAUGACAUGCCGCAACACGCUGUAAAGUCCGUCAACUGUAUCGCGUAAAUUGUACGCGUGUACCAAUGCAUUAUUGCGCGUUUUUAACCUCGUAUAAUACCGGUAAAAUACCACUUGUGAUAGGCAAAAACAAAAAAUUGUUUUUACGUUACAACGUACGAGUACUUGUAAUAUACAUGAAUACGCAUCUGUAAAAUCAGAUUACAUCGCGUACGUGUAAAAAUCAUUAAGAUUUAUCGUACGAAAUCACUAAACAGGAAAAAAGUUGCGAAACAUAUUUGGUAAAUGAUUACACGCGAUUUGUACAAGUGUAUUGAAUAAAAUUAUUAUAUUCUGAGUGAAGCGAGUUUUACUACGAUGUUUUUUUUUUUUUUUUUAUGUGUCUGUAAUUAACUUUUCCACCAGAAAUCUUGCUUCAGUCAAAAACUUUAUAGGCAUAGGCGCCCGGAUUGGGGAGGGGAGGGCAAGCAGGGUCAUUUACCCGUCCUGGCUUUUCGGUAAUUUUUUUUUUAAAUUUAACGAUCUAAAAUAAAUUACUAUAACUAUUUAAUAUAUUUAUAUAUAACAAAUCAAAAGUGGUUACAUGAUUACAUGAAUAUGUCACCAUCUCACCAUUAUAAAAAAAUUAGAUUAGAUUAUUUGCAGUCGGUUAAUCAAUUUAUUUUUAAAUCAGGCCUUUCUAUAGUUUCCUACAUAAUAUUAUCUAUCAUAUAAUGUCUACCUAUCUAAUUCUAUCUAUUGUUUUUAUUAUUAUUAUUAUUAUCGUUUAUUUCUUCGAAAAGAUAAUGGGCCCUGCUGAAUGGGUUCGUGUUAAACGAUCACUGAUUAGUGUUUUCCCGUAUAAUAUUGUGUCAUUGUGAUCACAAGUCAGUCGUUACUCGUUAAUCGGUGUGAAAUCCGACUUUGUCAAUUGUGUGUUUUGGAACUUUAUCGAUGUAUCGUUAGUAUAAAGUAAUAACGAUUUUUCAAAAAGUAGACUUACGCAAUUAUGGAAAAUAAUUUAACGUUUAUUCGAAUUUGAUAGAAAUGGAUUUGAGAAGAUACUUUAAAAAGUCCUCGUUUAUAACUAGAACCCGAACAUACAAAAAUAGCAGAAAAUAAUGAAACGAUAAUUGUUCGAUAUUAAUUAAUAUUAUCGCUUAAGGAACGAUUUUCAGAAGAAAAUGAAGUACCUCAUUCUAUUUUUCAAUUGUUACCAGAAUAUAUGAGCAAGCCGCCCAAUGAACAUCAAUAUAGAUCGCUUACUGAAAAAAUUUCAAAAAAGUAUAGUUCUUUUCUAGACAAUUUUGCAGCCGAAUCAAUAAUUUGGUUUGAUUACCGCAAUCGCUCAGGAAUUCAGAAAUUAAAAGACGCAUUGGACAUGCCGAAUGAAUCGGAAAUAUUUUACUCAUUAGAAUUUUCUGCAGUCUGUAUUGGCCUUAGCAUCCCGGCAACUACUUGUACUGCUGAGCGGUCCUUAUAGGAACUUUCUUGUAGCAUUUUUGAUCUUGUUAGUAUAUUGAAAAGGUCAUUCUCUGAUUUUCCUUGCAAUUUUCUUAAUAAUUGGGAAAAACUGGCAAUUUGUUGUAUAAUUUUUGUUGACAACAAAAGAAAAAUACGACAAAUAAUACUCUGCUCAGAAUCGUUUUUCGUUAGCGGUUCGUUUAUCUUUUUGAUAAAUAUAUUUUAUACACAUCUUUUGUGCAGUAUUUUAUUUUCCCAGGGCGUGAACGUAAUACUUCUUUCAGAUUAAACAUUAUAAUACGGUUUAUUUUUGUAUAUUAACACUUAUACAGGUUGUGUACUUGUAAACUGCUUAUAGGGCCGAAUAGAAUAAUGCAUUUUCAAAACUGUAUAUUAACAUUUUAAUUACAUCUACUAGUAUAUUACACCUACUUGUUGAAAUUUAUUUUUUCUCAGGUACUUAUACAAUAUUAUAAACGUUAUUCGAAAAUAUUUUGCCCAACACAUUGGCCGUGUACAUUAUUAUCGUACAUUGUAUAUUGUAAGUACACCUCUACAGUUUUUGGUGUACGCCUCUUUAUUUAUAACAUAUAUACGUACACGAGCCGUCUGCGGUUGUGUAGACACGGCCGAAAUAUGCGUGGAGGUAUGCGUGGUAUCCAAUUUUCAGACUGGUUUAGCGGUAUUCUAUACCUGGUACACGCGCGGUAUAUGCCGGUCUAGCAUCCCAGUCCCCGGUGAAAUCGUCCAAAUUUCUUCGCUCUGCAUAUCAAUUAUUGUUAUAAUUUUACGAAACUGUAUUGUGUUAUACAGGACAAUUCUUUUAUCCGCGUCAACCAACUAUUGUCUGAGUACCGAAGAUGUAUUGAGUACAUUUUAUUUGAUUUUGGUUCGUUUUUUUUUUCUUUUCGGUUACAUUAAACAUUAUUGUAUAGUUUUCAUUUGCAUUUUGUCCACAAUAUUUUACCCUUUCCGGCGUAGAUUUUCACGCUGUAAUACGCGCCAUAAUAUUUUAUUAAAAUGUUUUUGUUGCUUGUUUUUAUCAUUCGAACGCAUUUUACGUAGAAAUCUAAAAUAUCAUUAGUAUUUAAAAAGAAAGUAAGUGUGUAAACUCAAUAAAGACUAAUAUUGUUUUCAAACAUAUUUCCAGCAUAUGUUUUUUAUCGUCAGGUAUAUAAUAUAUUAUAUUUCGACUUUCAUCAUUUAUUAUAUUAUUUACGUAUAGUCGAGUAUAUCUCGAUCAAUAAACUGAACCGUUACAUACAUACCUAUAUAUGUAUUCAUGGAAUAAUACACGCAUAUUUUAGUAUUUUACUAUCCGCCAUUAGUCAUUAUACGGUUCUCGAGUAAUUUAAGAAUUGUUUAAAAUAUUGCUUUAAGCAAAGUAUCUUUAGAGGUCUUGAAAGGGUCUGAUUCCUCUUUUCAGAAAUAUUUAUACUACAAUAAGUACAAUAUAGGUAGUUACGUGAAUAGCUGAAUACCAUUUGAAAAAGUGAUGAUAUAGAUGGGUGUGGUGUGCCCAGUAAUUUUCAAUGGGAGGGUAUGUGGUCAAUAACAAUCUGAUAAUCAUGAAUAAAUCGUAAAAAUUACAAUAAAAUAAAAUAAAAACCGUAGAAUCUUCAUCGGUAUAUUUCAAUCUGAUAAUGAGAAUUUAAAUUUAGAAUACAACAAAUUUAAUUUGUAUUUUAUCAAAUAAAGAUUUAUUUCCUUGUAACACUAAAAUACUUAUGUAAUUUCAAGAUAAAAUUAUUACAUAUAAUUAUAAUUUUUGUAUAUUAGCCAAUAAGGGGAUAUAACUUCUAACCUCUUAUCCCCUACAUGUACGCCACUAGACGUACAGCACGUAAAAUAUAAACAGCUGCAAUAGUCAAGUGUGAAGUGAGGCGUAUUCGUCGUACAACAAUAUUAUUGGACGUAUAUCCGUAUUUGGGUCAAAAUGUUCAUUUUUAAACUGUUUAUAAUUUCCAAACAAUUCAUUAUUGUUUUGAUUUUUUUUUUUUUUUUUUUCAUAAUAUAAAUAUAAGUAUAAAGCAAAUUGUUGACCGUUUGUUACACUUCAUGUUUCAAUAUUUUAUAGGAGUUGCUUAUUUUUCUAUUACAAUAAUAAUAAUAUUAUACGCUCUCGAUUUAUAACAGACCAAACCAUAAAUCCUUUCUACGCACGCAUUGGCGAGUUCAGAAAACGAACGUUGAAAAUUCGUAUUUUGCAUGGUCGGUUAAUUUUAAAAAAAGAAAAAAAAAAGUGAGUUCAAAACUCACGGGUCAUAUUAUUAUGAACAGCGAAAUCGUUUUAAACGCUAAAAAGUGUCGGACAAAAUAUAAAAUAUGUAUAAAAAUAAUAAUAGGUCUGCGUCGCGAACGUAUAUGGUAUACCUAUAUUUGUGCUAUAUACAUAUUGCUUAUACCGUAACACGGAGAUUUUCGUUGUUCUCAUGGACGAAUUUGAGUUUAUAUUUCAUAUCAAAUCCUUAAAACCUGAAUACUUUCACAACCAUCUUUACGAUUGUAUUUCUGGAUUUCGUCGUGAUGUCAUGACGCGCAGUAAACAUUUAAUCUUGCGAUAUUCAUCUACCACUAUAUUAUGUACUAAUAAUAGUGCGUCUUGUACAAUAUGAUGGAAUAUUAUACAAAAGAUCUCGUUAUUCCGAAAUCGGUGUGAUUUUAAAAACUGAAAACCGUUUAAAUGUCGAUAUAAUAUGAUAUGAUAUUAUAAUUUGUAACACACUUAUAGGUAUUUAUUUGUGUACAACAGUAUACCAAUGUAGCCAGAGGGUGGAGGAGGGUUUGGGUUCAUUAUAAAUCUUAUUUUGUGGUAAAAAAAAAAUGAUUGUAACGUAGAAUUUUUUUUUAUAAGAAUUAUAGUUUCAAAUACUGACGAAAAUCAUAUAAUUUUAAAUAUUACGGCCUUUUAAAACAUGUUCAACCAAACUCCGCCUCGAAUCGUCUAUCGUUAGAAAAGAUUUAUCGUGGCGUACAGAUAUACAUUCAAUUCCUCUCUAUAUCCUUAGCUUCCUAUCAUCCCAACUUCCCACCUACAACAGUGUCCCACCCAUCAUGCGAAGUAUGUCCGUACAUAUUUUUUUCUGGUUUUAUUCCCAACCACUAUGAAAACUUUUGGAUAGGAAAACUUUUGAUCAUUUUACAAAUGACCUCAAUAAUAUACCAACUAAAUCCAAAAUACAACAAAAAAGAUGUUUUGUUAUUUUUUGAUAAGAGCAAGAUUUCUGAUAAAUAAAAGAAGUUUACAGGCAGACAAAAAAAUAGCACACAUCAUCGUAAAACCAAUACAUUCCUCGCUGCGCUCAGAAUCUAAAAUACAUCGUAUUAAAAAACCAUUAUAAAUCGAGCCCACCGGGCGGCAGCCGCCUAUUGUUUCAACUAUUGUAUUUACAACCUACUGGCUACUGUAAAAAAUAUAAAUCAAAAAUGCACACCAAGUAUUAAGUAACUAUAAUAAUAAUAUGACGUAUAGAUUGCAGUUAUUAUACACAUGUCAUUAUUAUCUAGUCACGAAUUGUGUGCCGCAAGUGAAUCGUAACAGUUUGUAUACGAAAUACCACCGUACACGCGUGUUGUUUAUUGUUAUUUAACGCGUGAGUCUGGCAAAAUUAAAUUUACCUUCGAUGUUAACUAUAUACUUAUUAUUUUAACGAUUAAUACCGGCACCUAUGUUUGUAAUUAUAACUAUAUUUGUAUUAUUAAGAUGUAUUACGCCUUGUAAUUUAAAUGUAUUGGUAGAAACGUUCAAGGUGAUCCGAUAGAACAAAAAAGGAAACAUCAAAUAGUAAUGUUGGGAGAUAAUAAAAUCCGCGGUAUAUCUACCUAAUAACUAACAGGGCCGGAUUUUAACGGCGAGUGUAGAGGACACUUGCCGUGGGCCUCACAUUUUCUGAUGCCUUCCAUUUUUUCCCUUAUACGAUUUGGAAUCGCUGACACCGUGGCAACUGCAACGAAGACGAAUAGUCGCCUUGCCGACUUAAUCGUCUAUCAAAACACGACACGAAACAAAAGAACUAAACUAGAAGAUGGAUAAACUAAAAUCAAGUAUAGGUCCCAUACGAGUUGUCCCUCGAAGAUACGAUCAAUGCGAUACCUUGGAAAAUAUUAAUAUUUUUCGUAGUUUGUUUACAUAUUAAGGAACUAGUAGCUCUAAAGUGUUACAUUAUCAUUAUUUUUUAAUUACACGCCUACUUCUGAUACUUUGAUAACGUCACGCGCUAUGCCACCACACAAAUGAUGGUCCACUACUCUCCCUUACCCAAACAGAAUAGUGGAAUAUCAAAAAUUUCAAUAGAAAAAUAUACUCAAAAUAAUACUCCAUCUAUUUAUGAAUUUUUUCUGUAUAGGUUUCCGUUUGAAAAUCAAAAAUGGGUAGUCGGUUCAUUCCCAAUAAUAAGAAUGGCAAAAACUAAUGAUGAUUUAACAUUCUAGCCCUAAUUGUUUCUUAAAUUUCAAAAAAAAAAAAAAUUACGAAAGAAGUUAAUUGAUGACUCAUUCGUAUUAUUAUAUAGUAGAAAAUAUGUACCUAGUAACUAAACUAUGUAACUUAACUUUGUUAACAAUAAUAUAUUUAUUUAUUUAAAUAAUACUUACGGUUUUUGAUUUUAGAUCUAAAUGAUGUAUGUUCUAUUUACUAUUGUUCUUUUGUUAAAACAUGUAUUGAUUACCUAGUAAACAUAAAACAUUUUUAAAAAUCGUAUAGGUACCUAGGUAUUAUUAGUCUUUCAACAAGAGCCUCGAAGUUUAGCCCCGGGGCCUCUAAAUGUCUUAAUCCAGGCUUGGUACCUAGUGAGGGUAUCUGGUGUCGGGUCUCCACAGCUUACAUUGAUGUGAAAAAUCUUAUCCCUCCCCCCUUUGAAAUUUUAAUGAAUUUUCGCUUAUUUUUAGACUGUAAUCAACCGAAAUAAAAUGGCUACGUAAAACUCGUAAAAAUAUAUCAAUCUCGCUUAUCACGAAAUCUUUUUUAUUUUUUAUGUACAUACUAUAUUUUCAAUUUAAAAAUUCUGUUUUAUUAUACGUAAACAAAUAGUUUUCAAAAAAAUUAGGUAACAACUUGCGAUUCCAGCCUACGAUGUAUAUAUUUCCGUUUAUAAUAAAGAGUAGGAGUAGGGACCUCAGACGCGUCCCUGAGGAGAAGAGGGAGGGGGUGAUAUCGCCUUCUCUAUAAGCCGUGUGAUAUUCUUUUUUGUAUUUAUACUAAAUAUACAUAAUUCUUAAGAACAAAUAAAUCAAAAUUCAACUAGUUCCAAAUGCCAUAAAGAUGAUUCCGGAUUUUGAAAAUACUUUGAUUGAAACAAGAAUGAAACACUUCUCAUUUAUACAUUUCGAUAAAUAUUCUGUCAAGGGUGAGAUAGAAUUGUGAAAAACUAAGUGGGAACCAUCAAUUUGUAAAGAUAUAAUAAAAUAAUAUAGGUAAUUUUAGAAUCAAAAUUGGAAAUGAUUAAUUUAAUUUAAAUUUUAUACUCUGAGUGUAGAAAAUAUUGUACCUAUUGGAUUUACAAUGAUGUUUUUUUUUUAUAUAUACUGUGACAAACAUUUCUACCAGAAAUCUUGCUUCAAUAUGUAAAUGUAGCACCUUUUUUGAAAGAAAAUAUUGACUAGAUGAUACUUUAGGAAGGUCAUUUUUUUUUUAUUUCCAAGCAGUUUUAUGAAAAUAAUGCUUUUAUUAUUUCAAAUUUUGUUUUUUGAUGUAAUUCAGUUAAAAAACAUUUAUACUUAUUCGUAGGCUUAAAAUUUGGACAGAGAACUUAUAAUUGCCUUUUUUUGACGUGGUCAAAUUAUUGAGCAAUUUACAGACAUUUUAUCUUUGCGAGUUUUGUACGUAUCAGUAGAUACUCUGUGGAUAAAAUUGUUGGACCAAACAGAAAUGCUUAAGAGAAUUUAACAUGAGGUUCUUUAAAAGUCGUACUUUGUGGUAAAAACGUUUUGAACAGAGGCUAACUAGCUUAUCACUUAAAUAUUCAUCGAAAUGACAACUUUAGUAUAGAAAAUAUUGUUGAUCAAACCGCUUGCAAAACGCUGCUUAAAAUAAAAGUAUUUUAGAUUUGGUAAUCUAACUUUUAUUAUUACUAAUUUUAUUUUUGUUAUUCAUAUUAUCAUUAUUUUAAUUAUUAUUUAUUUAAUGUGAACAAAAUAAACUUAAUUUUUAAAUUGUAUUGUUUUACUGCAUUUGUACAAUAUACAUAUGUAUCUGCAAUCUUCUAAGCUAAUAUAAGUUGAAAUGAUAUCAGACAUAAAUGUUUUAAGUUUUUGUUUACCAAAGCGGUGGUAUUCAAGAAUAAAAAUUGUUCGCCCCCCCCCCCCCUCCAUUGAAUUGACCCGAAGACGCCCCUGAGCAAUACUAUUAACCGAGUUCCGUUCAGAAUUGUUUUUUGUUGGCAAUGCUUAAAUCCCCUUAGGUACAGAUAUACAUUCAAUUUCCCUCAAUAGCCUACAUUCCCAACUUCUCAUCUAUAACAGUGGUCCACCCAUCGUGCGAUGUAUGUCCGUCUUUUUUUUUUCUUAUCAAUCAUUAAUAUCAAAUUUAAUUAUUUCGCCCCCCCCCCAUAUUCAAGUUCUGGAGACGCCCCUGAGGUACCUACUUAGCAGGUAAUGCAAUUAUAAACUGCUAGUUGGAUUAAUUGUAUUCACCUGCAAAACGCAUACUUCAACCUUAGUCAUGGCACAGACACACCAUACAGUACAUUACAUAAACAGUAACAUUUAUGUUCUUACUUCAUACAUAAUAAUUGACCAACAAGGUAUAGACACAUAAUAUGAUAAAAUAAAAAUAAUUUCAAAUAUAAUACAUAUUUUAGUAGGUAGUAGGUAUUAUAGUUAUGAAUUUUUUUUUGCUGACAAUUUUGAUACUGUAUAAGUUAAUAUUCUAUAAUGUAUUAUUGUAUUGAUAAACAGAUUUAUGUAUUGGUAUUUUUUUUCUAGGUAGGUUAGGUUGGCUACCUAAGAUAUCCUAUCUAUAGGUGGAUACCUGCUUAACCUACCUAACUUACCUUCUGCAUAAAAUUAACAUAACAUUUAUAUUUAUCUCAAUAUUAUUUUGUCUAGCCUCGAAAAAAAAUGACAGUCAUCCUGGAGCAAGGAACUUUACAAGGACUACAUUACAAAACUCGGUUAUCGAAUAAACCAUAUGUCAGCUUCCUAGGUAUACCCUAUGCCAAACCUCCUAUUAACAAUUUAAGAUUCAAGGUAAGAUUUAUUUAUUCCAAGCAUUUUUAUUAAUAGUAGGUAUUUAAUUGUUUUAAUAUUUAUAUUGAUAAAAUUUAGAUUAAACAAUUCAAUUUUUUUGAUAAUUUUAGUCUAUAAUAAUUUGUUAAAACAUAUUUUAAAGUUUUUAUUAAGUAUUAGUUUUUUAUAUUUUAGGCACCUGUCAAACAUCCAGGAUGGAACGGUAUUUUAAAAGCGUUUUCAACAGGCAAAAUGUGUAUGCAAUAUGAUGUAUUUGUGACCAAAAAAAUUGUAGGAAGUGAAGAUUGUUUAUACUUAAAUGUAUUUGUACCACAGGUUGUUGAAACAUUUCUAGAUUAUCUAAUUUAUGUUUUGUUUUAUUUAUUUACUUUUUAUUUUUCCACCAAAUAGGAAGAAUCAAAUGAAAAAAAAGCGGUUAUGGUAUUUAUACAUGGAGGUGCCUUUAAUUAUGGUUCUGGAUCAUUAGAUUUUUAUUCUCCUGAUUAUUUGCUUGAUGAAAAUGUUAUUGUAGUUACAAUUAACUAUCGCUUGAAUGUUCUAGGUGCACAUAUAAUAUAAUAUUAUAGUAUUAUGUAUUAUUAAAUAAUUUUAAAUAAAACUGAAUAUAAAUAUUGCUUAUAGGAUUUUUGAACUUUGAUAUUAAUGAGUGUCCUGGUAAUAUGGGUUUAAAAGAUCAAUUGUUUGCCUUAAAAUGGGUAAAAGCAAACAUAUCUGCGUUUGGAGGUGAUACUAACAAUAUUACUAUUUUUGGAGAAAGUGCAGGAUCAGCAUCUGUUCAUUACCAUACACUUUCUCCACGUUCAACUGGUUAGUUUUUGAUUUGUUUGUUUUAUAAUAAUUCUAAUUGAGUAUUUUAUUUUCUAUAUAAAUUAUGUUAUUUGAGUGAAUAUCAAAAAAAUAAUAAUAAUUGUUUGUUCUUGAUAUUAGGAUUAUUUCAGAGAGCUAUAAUGCAAAGUGGAAAUGCUUUUAAUGUGUGGGCUUUUAAUGAAAGACACAAAGAAGCAGCCUAUAAGUUGGCUAAAUUAUUGGGAUGUAAAAACGACAAUCCUAAAGAAAUAGUAGAAUAUUUACUUAAAGUCCCUGCUGUUGAUUUAGUUAAGUGUACGUCAUCAAAGUUUAAAUUUGAAGUAUGUAUAAACAAAUAUAUUCCCUUUAUAUGAAAUAAAAUAAUAAAUAAUAAUGUAACAAAAUAACUUUUAAUAACUAUAAUAAACAGUGUUAUAUGUAUUUCAUUCCACAUAUGAAAAUAAUGGUUUAACAUACUGAAUGUUAUAUACAAUUUAAUUUAAUAGUUAACUAGUAAUUUUAUUUUAAUAUAAGUAUAGUCUACAUUAUAUAUUUUUACAUUGGUUAAAUUAACAUUGUACUAUUUACAUACCAAAUAGUAACAUAAAUUCUAAUAUAUUAAUCCAGCAAAAAACUAUACAAUACAAAUCUUGAUAAAAAAUAUUUUGUUAUAUAAAUAGUUUUUUGGAAUUCUGCAUAUAUUUCUGAACAAAAAGUUUUUUUGGCUAAAAAUUGAAAAAUGAUUAGUAAGUAAAUUAAAUAUUAAAAAAACACACAUACUUUGCACGUUAAAUGAGCCGCUAUUAUUGAAAAGUUGGAAAGUUAUGUUAUAUAUGGUGGAGUUUAAUGUAUAUCUUUACACAUUAUUUAAAUUUUGUUAACAAAAAACGAUUCUGAGCAGAAUUCGGUUAUACACGUUUUAAAAGGCUGUAAUAUUUAAGAUUUUCAUCAUAAUUUAAUAUUACAUUUUUUACUAUAAAUUACUGCUUAUAAUGAAUCAUCUGUUAAAUUUUCAAUAGUUUCUGUUUGGUCUAACAAUUUUUUCAAUUAUUAUAAAAACCGUUUGGAAAAUCAAAAAAUAAUCACCUUACAGUACCACCUAGAUACAAUUUCCUAAAAGGUCCUACACUUAAAAAUCGGGCGAGAUUUCUGGUAGAAAAGGUUAUUUACAUGUAAAAUAAAAACAUUGUAAAACGAUACAUUCCUCACUUGACUCUGAAUUUAAAAAACAUAUCUACAUUAUGAAAUAUAUAAUACAAAUUAUUAUUACUUACAUAUGAGUAUAUGAAAUCCAUAUAUCAUUUAUGUUCAUAAUUGCCAAAUUUUCCAAAUUAUCAUUGCUGUGAAUACUGUGAUGAAUGAAAUUAUUUUAGUUUUUUGUUUUUCAAAUAUUUUAGACACUUUAAGAAGACCCGCAUGUGUUAUCUUCAGUUUAUAAACAUAGACAUACCAAAUGUGUGUUUAGUAGAGAUAAUUCUGUGCUAUUAUUUUUUAUAUUUUAGAGUAAAUUGACCUAAUAUCAGACUUUUGUACCUUACAUACUAUUAGUACUUAGUUUUUUUUUUUAGUGAAAUCUAAGCAUUUUUAAAUUUUAAUAUUUCACAGUCUCAUAUCUCACUUGAAAAUUCAAAUAUUUUUUUUUUAAAAAAACAACUUAACAAACACAGACAAUAUUCUUGACUUCAAGUUUAGUCAAUUCAAUUUAUCAUUGAAACAUACCUAUAUCGCAAAAUUGUCCCUGCUGAACUUAAAUUUUCCAUAUGUCAUGUUUAUAAGACACUGCAUGUGGAUAUCACUUAUUAAUACCUCUUAAUUUAUUUUGGGAAUUAAUUUACUAUGCUAAUAGACAAUCACUGUGUUUAUAACGAAUAUUUUAUUUUGUAAAAAUGAGAAAAUUAAACAUUCCAAAAGUAGUUCCUAUCUUUCUUCUAAUAUUUAUUUGUCUUUUUUUAUAGGGCCAAAGGGAUUUACUUAACAUUCCAUUUGUUCCAUCUAUUGAAAAUAAUGCAAUUAGUGAGCCAUUUUUACAUAUUCAUCCUGAAAUUUUAACAAAAACAGCAUCUCCUGUACCUUUAAUCACUGGAAUUAACAGUAUGGAAGGCAUGAUAAUAUUUGGAGGUAAAAUUUUUAUUUUUAAAUUCAGUUAUCAAAUAAAGUAUUUACGGCAUGCAAGGUUAUUUUCUAGCAUAUUUAACUGGUGGUACAGACAUGUAAAAUAUGUUAUAAAAAAACAUACACAUCUAAAUUGUCUUUGGCAUUUAGGAAUUAUAGUGGAAUAAAGAAACUGACACAAAUAUGAGAUUUACACCCCCUCUUUGUCUGGUAAUUAGUAAUAACAAUCAAAAAAUUUAUUGAAAUAAUGAAUUAAAAUAAUUCAUAAUUGUUUCAAAGAGAACAAAAUAUAGAUUAUAAUACCAAUAUUUAUUUUCAAAUUUAAUCUUAUAUUAUUUGUUUGUACUGCAUGCCAAUAUGUCCCUUCACUUAAAUUAAACAUUUAAUUUAAUAUAAUAAUUAUUUUAUUUUUUUUUUUAUUUUUCAGAACAUAGAUUAGGGAAAAUUUUUGAUUUUCAUAAAACUGAAGAAAUGAAGAGAUUGUUUGAAAGUAAUUUUAGUGAAGGAGUUAUUAAUAAAGUCAAGAACUUUUAUUUCUAUCAAUAUUACCUACAAAGUGAUACAACUAAAUUGGAAAAUACAUGUCAUGUUAGGCAAUUUUUUUUUUCUUUAAAUAGUGGUCUGAAAUAAAAAUUAAUAAAAUAGUCAAUAUCAUUUAUUAUCCAUAAAUCAUAUAAUUUCAUAAAUUAGUUUUUUUUCUAACUUUUAAAUUCUUAUAAAAACUAAAUAAUAACUUAUUAGUUUUAAUGAUAUUAAUUAAUUAUAACAAUGCAAAUUCAUUAUUAUUUAUGAAUUUAUAAAUGGAUUUUUUGGAUAAUUUUUCUAUUUUGAAUAAUUUUUAACACUUGCAAUAAAUUGUAUCUCUUUUUGAUUCUAGUUGUUCAGUGAUGUAUUUUUUACUAAGGAAUUCCCACAUAGUUUUAAUUAUCUUCUGAAAAAAGGUGUUACACCAGUUUACAAUUAUGAAUUCAAAUUUGAUGGAGAACUUAAUAUGUGCAAACAACUUUUGUUUGCUACAAGGCCACUAUUUCAGUCAUUAAAAGGUUGUAUUAUAAUUUUAUUUUAGAUCACAUUAGAUUAGGUCAGAGUCACAAUAAAGUUGCUGGGGGUACAAGCCUAUUAUAUGACCCACAUACCAAAAUACUCUUAAAUAAUACAGCUUACCAUUAAUUAAUAGCAAACUAUAUUAAAUAACAUUUGGCCCAUCGUUCAGACUUUCUCCACAGUUAUUACGGCACUGAUUUUAAGUAAACAGUAAAAUAAGGAAACUAUUAACUGUAUUUUUUUUUUUUUUUUUUUUCAAAAAAUUAUUUUGAAAACAGUCAAAAUACUUAACAUUUCAUUCGAAAAUUGUAGAGUUUAGGUAUCUAACAUUUUAAGAACAAUAUUUUUCAAGUUUCCCAUAGUGUAUACAAACUAACUUAGACAAAUAUAUAUUCUGUUUAGAUUUAUUUUUUGAAUAUUAUCAUUAUUAUGUUGAUAAUAAUAAAAUUUUAAAAAAAAAUACAAUUGGUCUGUAGUAUAAUUGUUGCUAUAUUAGGAUGGUUCCUUUUUACAAAACUCUUAUCAAACAUAUUAAUUACACUAUUAUUAUGUGCAUAACAUACUUAUUACAAAUGAUUGAAUUACAAUUGCAUAAUUAAAAUAAAUGCUUAAAACAAAACUGUAUACAUUAAUAUAAUUAUUUUUUCAUAUUAAUUAAUAUUAACCCAAUAAAAUAUAUAUAUUAUAGGUGCGUGUCAUGCAGAUGAAUUGAAUUAUUUGUUUUAUGGCCAAUUAUUUGGAUUUUUACCUAAACUCAACUCUCCGGAAUACAGAAUGUGUAGAAUAAUGAGCAAGCUGUGGUGCAAUUUUGCAAAAACUGGGUAAGUUAAAAAUUAAAGUAAAAUCAUAGUUUCAAUAUUUGUUAAUUUUAUUAAAAAAAUGAAAUAUUUUAUUAUAAACAUUUUAAUUUAGAAAUCCAAAUUCACCAGAUUUAAAUGUUACAUGGAAUAGUACAAGUAUAAAUGAUCCCAAAUAUUUAUCAUUAGAUGGAGACAAUACGUGUAUGGUUGAUGAAUUAUUAAACAGUUCCAGGAUGAACUUUUGGAAACAGAUAUUGGAGAUUGUUCAAUUAAAACAAAAACUGUAAUUGUCGUAAUUAUUUGUUAUUUAUAAAAAUCAAAACAAAUGAGUCUACAAAAUAUCAUUGAAAAGUGUUACAUAUAACACAUAAAAUAUGUUAAAUAUUGUAUGGUAUUUUUUUAUUUAUUGUUAUUAAUAUUGUUAUUCAUGACAAAAUUUUAUAUUGUUGUUUAUAUUUGUAUAUAAUAAAUAAUUAUUGCCUAAUUAUGGUGUAUAUGACACUGUUAUUUAUUAAUUAUCUACAUUAAAAUUAAUAUCCACCACUUCCACCAGUGCCGCUAUAAUUGUACGAUCCCCAUGGUUGAUUAUAGUUUGCUUGUGGAUAGUUCCAAUUUUGAUAAGGAUAUGUAUAUUCUUGUCCGGUGGUCGGGUAUUGCUGGUAAGCUGCUUGAUUGUACCCUGCUGCAUAUUGCUGAGGAUAAUACCCAGUGUUAUUAUAAGAUUGGUAGUUAGUAGAGAGGACCUGUGAACUUGAGGAUGCAGCCAUUUCCUGUGUUUGUUUUGCUUUUAUUUCUUUUUCAAGUCUAGAUUUCUCUUCUUCAGCAGCAGCUGAUGCUUUCUUUUUCUCUUUGGCAAGCAAUUCUGAAUAACACUUAAACUCAAUAGUAGCUUUACGUAAAGCUUUAUAAUUACAAGUAUAAUCUUCAAUAAAUUCUAGUUUACGUUGAGAAAAUAAUAUUUUUUGUUCUAAAUUAACACUACUCAUUGACAGUAUUUCAUCAAACGUUUGAAUGACUGAAUUUUCAUUUAAAGGAGUAACAUUAAUUUUUAAAUCUACAAGAUGUAACAAUAAUCUGGCAUUUUCUUGCAUAUUAUCUUUAUCUUUAUUAAUGAUUUCUGUAAUAACUUGUAUAGCCUUGUCAAUUUUGUUAUAACAUUUCCAAAGGAAACGUGCAUAUUUUAUGGCAAUAUUUGAUGUUAAGAACUUAGUAUGAGAAGUGUUAAUAUAAUACUCAUACAAUUCACAUACUCUAUUAUAACAGAGUCUUCUUUUCUCCAAAUUAAUGCGCCUGUAAAUUAUUUGUAACAUAUGUGGAACGACUUCAUCAAUAUUUUUCAGAAUUUCAGCAGCUUUGUCCAUGUUUCCUUUGAUCUCUUCAAAUAUAGACCAUUUCAAAUGUAAUUCGGGUGACUUACGGUGAUGAACUAAACAAGCUCGAGUAAAUAAAUUAUUUAAUAAAUCACUUACGUCAAAACUUAAUGAUUCUAAAUACUCCGCAUAGCUUAACCAAAAAUCUUCAUACAAUGCACACGCUAUCAAACAUCUUUCAUAAACAACAAUAAUGCGAUUAUGAUUUCUAGCUUCCUUUUCAAAAGCAAUAUAAUUUUUCCAGUUAUCUAUCUGACACUUUUCUAAUGGCUUUACAUGGAAAUAAGGUCUCUUGAUACCUUCUUCAAAUACUUGACGUUUUUCUAUUUCUUUGCCAGUUUCUUUAUGAAUUUUGUAUUUUGAUUCAAUAAUUGCUUCUCUUAUUAAUGACAAUUCUUUUUCGGACACGUCAGAUGUAAAUGUAUUUUUUUCUUCCCCCGGCGGCGCUGAAUCAUCUGUCAACAAUUCACCACUUCCACUAAUCCUUAGUAUUUCAGUUAUUUUUUGUCGCAAUUCAAGAUAUUCUUUUUCUUUUAGAAAUUUAUCAGGUUCAUUCUUGUUCACAAAGUCUUUAAAAUUUUCAAAAUGUGUUAAAUAACCUAUUGUUUGUGUAGCAAGAAGACGAUUAUAUAUGUCAAAAGCAUUUGCUAAUUUAUUAUGAUCAAUUUCCCACUUAAUAUAAUGAUCCCAUAAACGAUCAGAUCGAUACUCAAGACCACACAUUUCUAAGCCUUCUUCAAACUGGCUACGAAUACGAUCUGCAUUAUCAGUAUGGUAUGUUUUUAAGUAAGUCAUAUAAUGAAUCCACAAAUCAACACUGAGUGGUAUGGCCUUUAAACCACGUUGAAAAACUACUUCACAUUCAUUUUUAUUAUUAUUUCUUUUUUCAAAAUCUGCAAAUUUUCUCCAAUACCCAUAACAAUAAGGAUAUCGUUCUAAGAACUUAUUAUAUGCUUCCCUUGCAUUUUCAAUAUUAUUCUCUUGGUCAACAUAUUGUAGUAAAUAAGUCCACCCAGCAAAAUCUGAAGGAUCAUCUCUAACAGCUUGCCAAAACUUAUCAAAUUCAGUAAUUGGCUUCACUUCUUCAAAUUUAAUUUGUUUUCUAGGUUUAAUUUCAUCAUCUUGUUUAUUAGGACUUUUCCCCCUCUUUAGUUUGCCUGAACCGUUUUCACUAGGCAACUCUUCAUCAGAUACUGAUUCAAUUUGAUCAGCUAAAGUAGUUGGUGGUAAUUCAUCUUCUGAUACAGAUUCAGUAUCAAUAGCCAUAGAACCAACAAGCAUUUCAUCUUCAGAUAUAACCUCAGUUUCAGGUUCCUUGGAUUCUUCUUUAGAUGUUAAAUGUGUUUCUUGAAUUUCAUUUACAGAAAUCACUUUAUUAGAUUCAUCUUUGUCCCCAUUGUCAUCAGUAAUAUCGAUAAUUUCAGUGUUUGGUAAAAUAAUCAAACAAUCAUCUGAGUCUUUAUUUUCUUCCAAGUCACUUGGUUUUUGUAAUCUGUUACUAGUAAUUUUUAUAGUUGGAGGAUUAUUUAUAAUAACUUUAGGUGGUUCCGUAUCAUCUAAUUCUGGAACGGAACCGUUAGUUUUACUAUUUUCUUUGGAAUUAUCAUUUGUCAACAUAGGUUCUUCCUGAUUAGCCAUAGUUAGUAGUAUAUUGAAAAAAUCCUAAAAUUGUAUAAUAGGGUAAUUAAAUAAUGUUCAAGUUAGUACAUGUAAAUUAUAAUAAUUAUGCAUCUAUAAUCUAUUUCAUAAUAAAUAAAAUAAAAUUGAACCAUUUAUAUUAUAUAAGUAUUUGAAAAUAAAUUGGGAAUAGAAAACUAUACGUAUCAAUUUUUAUUUUAUUUUUUUUUUCAGUGUCCAAUAUUUAGUUUUAAGCAUGGUAAUAUUUUACUUUUGAUUAUUAAGCUUAAUAAUUAAAAUAUCAAUACUCGACUCCUAAACUAAGUUCUCUGCAAAUUUUAUUUAAGAUGUGUUUCUCCAAAAGUUACUCAGUAAGUCAUGUUUUUGAAACUAUUAAAUGCAAAUUUGGUAUGUUGUGCGUUUGCAAGAUAGAGACUGUAGAUAGGGAUGU